AGAAGACUUGAAAGUUGAGCUUCCUUGCUUGCAAUUGCACACACGCACUUUCGGUUGGAGGGAGAAAGCAACGGCAGGAACAGCUGGCCGGAGCUCCGAUGGACAACCGGAACGUCGUCGUCUGCGACAAUGGCACCGGCUUUGUCAAGUGCGGUUUCUCCGGUGAAAAUUUCCCGACCUCGGUGUUUCCUUGCGUUGUGGGAAGGCCCAUGCUUCGGUACGAAGAAUCCCUCACGGAACAAGAGCUGAAGGAUGUUGUUGUUGGAGAAGCUUGUGCAGACCUGCGGAAUCAAUUGGAUAUCUCUUACCCAGUGAAUAAUGGUAUCGUGCAAAACUGGGAAGACAUGGGCCACGUGUGGGAUCAUGCAUUUUAUAACGAGCUAAAAAUAGACCCAAAGGACUGCAAGAUUUUACUGACAGAUCCGCCACUCAAUCCUUCAAAAAACCGUGAAAAAAUGGUUGAAACCAUGUUCGAGAAGUACAACUUUGCUGGCGUCUUCAUUCAAAUCCAAGCUGUUUUAACUUUAUAUGCUCAAGGUCUGCUGACAGGAUUAGUUAUUGACUCAGGUGAUGGCGUCACUCAUGUGGUUCCAGUUGUUGAUGGCUAUUCAUUUCCUCAUCUUACCAAGAGAAUGAAUGUAGCUGGUCGGCAUAUAACAUCGUAUCUUGUUGAUUUGCUCUCAAGGAGAGGGUAUGCAAUGAAUAAAACUGCUGACUUUGAGACUGUCAGAGAAAUUAAAGAGAAGCUAUGCUAUAUCAGUUAUGAUUACAAGAGAGAAUAUCAGCUGGGACUCGAGACAACCAUUCUUGUAAAGGACUACACUCUUCCGGAUGGAAGGAUAAUAAAAGUUGGCACUGAACGGUUUCAGGCCCCUGAGGCUCUGUUUACCCCUGAACUCAUUGAUGUUGAAGGUGAUGGAAUGGCCGACAUGGUAUUCCGCUGCAUCCAGGAAAUGGAUAUUGACAAUAGAAUGAUGCUCUACCAGCACAUAGUAUUAAGUGGAGGAAGCACAAUGUAUCCGGGAUUACCUAGUCGUCUAGAGAGAGAGAUACAGGAUCGCUACCUUGACUUCGUUCUGAAGGGUAACAAAGAUGGGCUUAAGAAACUUCGGUUACGUAUUGAGGAUCCUCCAAGAAGGAAGCAUAUGGUCUACCUCGGUGGAGCUGUGUUGGCUGCGAUUAUGAAGGAUGCUCCCGAGUUCUGGAUUAGCAGGGAAGAUUAUUUGGAAGAAGGAAUUGCCUGUCUAAGCAAGUGUGGGCAGGCUUGAACAGUAAAGAUCAGAACUUUGCCCCUAAUUACAGUUCUUAUACAUGCUUCCAUUGUGCCUGUUUGGAAGGGAAAAGCUAAUAAUCUACCCGAGGAUGCUUCAAAUCACCUGCUUCAAUCACCAGGUUCUCAAAACUGGAGCUUUCCUCGAAUUGAUCUGAAAAAAAAUGAUAGGUCGUCAACUGUUUCAAGCGGCAGUGGCAAAUCCACUGAAAGAGAAGGGGCUAAGCAUAUUUUGCAGAUUGACAAUAUUACUCUUUUAUCUGAACUGAAACUUCGACUUGUGGUUUUAUCUUUCAUAUACGAUUCUUACAAAUUGCUGAUAUUGUACAGACGGGUAUAUAGCUGAAGCGCAUUGUAUUCUUCAGGUCGGGAAUACCACAUGGAUUCGGAUUUUGCGGCUCUUGUUGUCACCAUCGUUUGCAUUUUACGGGAUUCUGCGCUUGUCUAUGGUGGAGUUGGUAUAGACUUUUCUAAUUCUAAAGCUCAAUGGUCUGUCCUAAUAUGUGACUCUGAACUGCCAAAAAGCUUCCCUACAGACGGGUUCAAUC